AUGGCAUUCUUUUCGUAUGGUGGGGGAUCAAACUUGAAUGGUUCGACAAAUUUCGACCAUUUUAAUUUGGAAUCCCAUCCUGUUCCAAGAUGGGUUGAUUUGGUAUGUGACGAUAAGUGCAGAGAGCUUAUUGGGGAUUGCAUCCAAUUGUUUGUGGGCACUGCAGUUGCUGUUUAUCUGGACAAGACAAUGAAUAUCAACCCCUACCACGAAAUCUUUUCCGGAUUGGCUAAUCCUAAACACGAAGCGCAAGUGAGAGAAACAUUGGCAUCGGUUUGUAAUGGUGCAGUAGAAACUCUUGUCAAAACUUCUCAUCAAGUUCUGACAAAUACAUAUUCGAAUGCUAACUCGAAUUUUUCCUCUUUACCCGUUGAUUUUCGACAAGGUGGGAAUUGUGUUAGGCAAGAAGUUGAUAGGCAUUAA